GAACACAAAGCAGCAGGAGUGUGCGGCUGUGGAGCUCCUCUCACCUUCAUACAUGCUCUGCUGGGCCCAGUGAUGAGAGGUGGUGAGAGCCUCUCUCCACUCCUCUUCAUCCUCUGAGUUACACUCGCUGCUCUGGAUUAAUGCUCUCAUAUGCUGAAGUUACUCGCUGAAAGAAGGACCUGCAAGAAGGAAUAACUUUUUGUUUUUCAAGUUUUCUUUCUCGGUCAUCUAACCUGCAUGAGGUUUUCCUGUGCUGGAAUAAUGUCAUUGUGCUGGAGGAGAAGCUCAUGGUUUCCAGUGGUGUUUGCUGCUGCUGCACUGGCUGUUGUUGGUGCUGCUACUGCUGAACCGACCCAGGACAGGAGGCAGGCAUCCUCCUGCUAUGGAGGCUUUGAUCUCUACUUUGUGUUGGACAAAUCUGGGAGUGUGCAGAAUCACUGGACUGAAAUCUACCACUUUGUUGAACAUCUAGCACAUAAAUUCAUAAGCCCACAGUUGCGGAUGUCCUUCAUUGUGUUCUCCACUGAGGGACAGAUUUUAAUGAGCCUGACAGAGGACAGGGAACGAAUCCGCAAAGGUCUGGAGGAGCUGCAGGGGGUUCGUCCAGGGGGAGACACUUUCAUGCAUGAAGGCAUCCUGAGGGCCAGCGAGCAGAUAUAUUACGGAAACAUUGAAGGUUAUCGGACCGCCAGUGUUAUCAUAGCUCUGACAGAUGGAGAGCUGCAUGAGGAUCUUUUCUACUACGCUGAGAGAGAGGCCAAUCGCUCCCGAAGUCUGGGCGCCUCAGUUUACUGCGUCGGGGUGAAAGACUUCAAUGAAACACAGCUCGCCAAGAUUGCUGAUAGCAAAGACCACGUCUUCCCCGUAAACGAUGGAUUUGAGGCUCUGCAGGGCGUCAUCGACUCAAUCCUGAAGAAGUCCUGCAUUGAGAUCCUGGCAGCUGAGCCUUCCAGCAUCUGUGCAGGAGAAUCCUUCCAGGUGGUUGUGAGAGGAAACGGUUUCCUUCAUGCCCGAAAUGUUGACAAAGUCCUGUGCAGUUUCCGGAUCAACGACACCGUCACCAAGAUGGUGAAGCCUUUGGUUGUGGAGGAUACGUAUCUUCUCUGCCCAGCGCCAGUGCUCCAAGAUGAGGGAAUGGCAGCAAAUCUUUACGUGAGCAUGAACGAGGGUCUCAGUUUCAUCUCCAGCUCGGUGACGAUCACCACAGUGAGCUGUUCCGACGGAACCAUCCUGGCCAUCGCUCUGCUCAUCCUGAUGCUGCUCCUGGUCCUGGCUCUGCUCUGGUGGUUCUGGCCUCUCUGCUGCACUGUGAUUAUCCACGAGCCCCCGCCGCCAGUCAUGGAGGAGAGCUCGGAUGACGAGGAUUUUGACACGCCUAAAAAGAAAUGGCCGACAGUUGACGCCUCCUACUACGGAGGGAGAGGAGUCGGAGGAAUCAAAAGGAUGGAGGUCCGCUGGGGGGAGAAAGGCUCCACUGAGGAGGGAGCAAAGUUGGAAAAGGCCAAAAAUGCCAAAGUGAAGAUGCCUGAGCAGGAGUAUGUGACACCCCCCACACGGCCUCUGAACAACGGCAUGCACAAACCCCCUGGGCCGCGCAAGUGGUAUUCUCCCAUCCAGAGUAAACUUGAUGCAUUGUGGGUGCUUUUAAGAAAAGGCUACGACCGCGUUUCUGUAAUGAGGCCUCAUCCAGGUGACAAGGGCAGAUGCAUGAACUUCACCCGCAUCAGCUCUCCUCCUCCUCCUCCUCACUACCCUCACUACACCCACCAGCCUUCAUCUCCCAUCUACAACCCUCCCAGCAAGAGUCCUCCUCCGCCGAAGGGGAGCCUGCCGCCGCCCCCCAGCAGCCCCCUGUCAUCUCUCUCAUUUUCUUUCUCCGCGCCUCCGACGCCACCUCCCGUUCCCACCACCCCCUCGCCCCCCGCCACCCCUCCGCCUUACACGCCGCCCCCCAACCGGGCCCUCCCUCCGCCCGCCUUCUACACACCUGACCCCCCGGCUCUGACGCCCACCCCUCCUCCGCCCUGCGGCUUCCUGCCCCCGCCUCCCCAGGGACCUCCUCCGGGGCGGGCCCCUCCGCCCGCCCGCCCGCCGCCCCGCCCUGACCUUUAAGGGCCCUGACAGGAGACGGGGGGGAGCGAAACGUGGCGUCGAACACGGCAACAGUGUCAUCAUAACCAUCGCUGACUGCAGGCUGCAAACGAGGACUGGACUUGAGCCACGCUCAGCAGGUGGGGGGGUGGGGCUUCCCCUCCCCAUCAAGAAGAGGAGAAGUGAGGACUGUCUCACAGCUAUUUGUCUACAGUGACUUUUGUACACAACUAGCCCAAAAAGUGCAAUUUGCUUGAAUGCUUGAAUUACAGGGACGUUUGUUAUGAAUGAGGUCAUAUGGGCGAGUUUAAAAAACAUGAGCCUCCUCGGUCCUCAGAGGAGCCGCAGGCCCCGUCGUCCCGCCGCUAACCCACCGGAUCAGAGGAACAGCAGCAGCUUGUACUCAUCAUCAGGCUCAUCGCACCAGAGUAACACCCCGAAUUCCUCUGAUCGGCGCUAAAAUACUCAUUUUACGAAAGUUCCACACACAACAGGUUAAGGAUGACAUGGGCAAAGAUGAAAAAAAAAAUCCUUUUUUUUUAAUUCUUGAAUAUUGAGCAAUUGCAUGCAAUAGUGCUUGAGUCAGCAUUUUGUUGUUUUUG